UUUGCGUUUGACAUGCACGUCCUUCAUCUGACUUUGAAAAUUUUCUCGCCCAAGUUUUCGCCCAUAGAAAGUGCUCACAAUUUCUCAGCCGUCACAGUCGAUUCCUUGCUAGCAAGCCGAUAGAUAAACAAAGAGUUAACCAUGUCGAAGAUUGGUAUUAACGGAUUUGGUCGCAUCGGCCGCUUGGUUCUGCGUGCCGCCAUCGAAAAGGGAGCCUCAGUUGUGGCCGUAAACGAUCCCUUCAUCGAUGUGAACUACAUGGUGUAUCUCUUCAAGUUCGAUUCUACCCAUGGACGUUUUAAGGGCACCGUUGCCGCCGAGGGAGGUUUCCUGGUUGUAAAUGGCCAGAAGAUCACCGUGUUCAGUGAGCGCGACCCGGCCAAUAUCAACUGGGCCAGUGCUGGCGCUGAAUAUGUCGUCGAGUCUACUGGUGUUUUCACCACCAUCGACAAGGCUUCCACUCACUUGAAGGGCGGUGCCAAGAAAGUCAUUAUUUCGGCCCCAUCUGCCGAUGCCCCUAUGUUCGUAUGCGGCGUCAAUUUGGAUGCCUACAGCCCGGAUAUGAAGGUGGUUUCCAACGCAUCGUGUACCACCAAUUGCCUGGCUCCACUGGCUAAGGUAAUCAACGAUAACUUCGAGAUCGUCGAGGGUCUGAUGACCACCGUCCAUGCCACCACUGCUACCCAGAAGACCGUCGAUGGACCAUCUGGAAAAUUGUGGCGUGAUGGACGUGGUGCUGCUCAGAACAUCAUUCCAGCUUCCACGGGAGCUGCCAAGGCCGUGGGCAAGGUUAUUCCGGCUCUGAACGGUAAGCUUACUGGAAUGGCAUUCCGCGUUCCCACACCAAAUGUGUCCGUUGUUGAUUUGACGGUGCGUUUGGGCAAGGGCGCAUCCUAUGAUGAGAUUAAGGCCAAAGUCCAAGAGGCUGCUAACGGACCUUUGAAGGGAAUUUUGGGAUACACCGAUGAAGAGGUUGUGUCCACCGAUUUCCUCAGCGACACUCACUCGUCGGUCUUCGAUGCCAAGGCUGGCAUUUCUCUUAACGACAAGUUCGUUAAGUUGAUCUCUUGGUACGACAACGAGUUCGGUUACUCCAACCGUGUCAUCGAUUUGAUCAAGUACAUGCAGAGCAAGGAUUAAAUAUAGAAUACCCACCCGCACAAUAUGAAAGUUAAAGUUUAGGGCGCGGUAAACUGGGGUGAGACACAUCAGAAAUUGCCGAAAAUGGCAUCACAUAACUUAUAUCGCUCCCCGGUGGAGCAUCACCUAUGCGCUAUGAAAUAUGCUUCUGUUUUCGCUCUUCAAUUUACCAGCCACAAAGCCACAUUGGAAAAAUAUUAAUACAAUACAUCCAUAUACAUAAAUAUGUUUACUGUUGUUGAAUAAAGUUUCACUCUGUGUGUAGUUGUAAAAAUAUUAAUUUAAAAGCA